AAGAAUACCCCUGACAAAACCAGUCAACAAUGAAUCGUUUUGUUGCUGUACAAACAUCACUAUUAUUUUCUACAUUUUAUUUUGUAUAAGAAAACAAAAUCAAGGGAAGGUAAUGAAAAGAUGAAAAGGAGAUUCAGUAUCAGGCAAUCAAGUACCAGCUCGUAGAUUGACUUACGUUGAUAUAUCAAUAUCUAGCUGUACAAAAUGUAUGUUUGUUUAUAUUUCUUGUUACAUAUGAUAUGUUUAGUCAGCCUUUGGACCAGCUUAGAGGCUAGCACAGACAGCCAGGAUGGAAAUCUCAAAAAUGUCAAAAGUAGAAUCUUGUAUCAGCUACAAGAACAGAUGAACAAGAUCUCUUUUCCUGAUCCUGACGACACAGAGGGUUAUGUUCGUAGUAAGAUUCAGCAGUAUUACUACCUGAGGUCGGGCAAAAGAAAACUCCAAUGGAUGUUUAAACCUUACAAAGGAACCACGCCUCACAUCAGGGAGAUCUUUCUUGGUCGGUGCUGGGAUUAUGUCCAGAAUAAGCACUCGUUCUUAUUCAACUCGAAAAACAUCGACUGUGUGGUGUUAUGGAACUCUUUUGUCAAGGCUUUUGCAAAUAAAAACCCCUGCGGGCUAAGAAAGAGAGACUAUGCCGAGUUUUUUAGCAUGAUCUACGAAAAGCCGUUAUAUGAUAAGGUUUUGCUGUGGUCAGGUACAAGAGAAUGGGCCCACACGUACGCUCGCCUUUUUGACAAAUACGUCACAUUAGAAGAUACAUUUGCAGGAUUCUUGUUGAAUGGUCUUACAUGGUGUGGAAGCAAAAACUGGCCAGGCAUCAAUUUCAAUACGUGUCCUUAUGAAUGUUCAAAACAGAAAGCAUUCUGGGGUCUUGCUGCAGACAAGCUAGCGAUGCGAGCUCGAGGCAUAGUUCAUGUCAUGCUGAAUGGUACAAGACAGCAUCUUGUCGACAGACAGAUAUUUCCUGCAUUCAUGGAUGAUAGUUACCUGGCUGAAGACCAAGUUCCAAAGCUACCAGUUGGCAAGAUCACUGAAGUUAAACUUCUUGUUGGUCACACCUUGCAUCACACAAAACUUGAAAAAUGCAACAGUUUGUCAAUAAAAGAGCUUCAGGGAAGACUUGUGCACCGCGGGCUCAAGACAUCGUGUUACGACGACCCUAAUGUACUACGUCACUUACUGUGUUUGAAUCAACCAAACGACUCACUUUGCUUGUUCAGAACAAUGGCAGAAAAUGGAGACUGAUUGAAUCACGAGAUAUCAUGCGCACAAAUACCUCGCUCUGAUGUAUGAAUCAAUACCAACUUGUGCGGACGGAAGACUGGUACGAUGGACGGUCGAUUAAAGUGGAUUACAAUCAUUUCCAGGAAAGUCAAUCAAGCAAAAACAUACCCCUGCAGUCGCACAAGUUGAUGGUAUGACAAUCUAGUACUCUCCACGAAAUGAUUGCAAAUCACACAAAAAAUAAAGACAUUUUUACUCGUGCCUAAAUAUCUGGACAAUUCUUCACUUUAAACAAAAUCAAUGAUAGAAUGGCUGCGUCAAAUCACUUGGCUUUCUUUCCUCACCUUGUGAUUCUAGUCCAGCUAAGAAUGUCUUAGUACAUAGAAUCAUACUAAAUAUAUCCAAAUAAAAUGAAAACUAACAUUAAAUAAGUAAACUUACGGGCAAAGAUUUGGAUUAUGAACGAAUAUACGAGAAGUAUUUUGAUCAUAUUUACUCUUUAGAUAUUUCGGUUACUAGCAGUAGCCAUCAUCAGUAUACGUAAACAUUAAACACGUCAUCUACCAUGACAAUAAAUAUUAAUUGUGAAAUAGGAUAAAUUUUAAAAUAAACGGAAUUUACAUUA